AGCUGGAGAAGCAUUUUGAUGCAGCAGUGGCUUUUGUUGGUUCCAAGGGCAAUGCUGAUCGUAUUGAUGGCAACACAAGGAUGCAGCUUUACGGGCUUCACAGGGUUGCCAUGGAAGGACCUUGCCACGGGCCACAGCCAACGGCAUUGAAGGUUUCAGCUCGUGCUAAGUGGACCGGUAGCCGUUUUUGAACUGAACUACGGUGGAUUCAUUUUGGUAUGGUAGGAAUGCUUGGCAAAAGCUGGGUGACAUGAGCUCAGAAAGGGCAAUGGAACGGUAUAUGGCCCUUCUGUCAGCAAGCAUACCUGAAUGGGAGGACAAAAUCAUAAAAAGUGAGAGGCCUUUCUGAUGCCUGUAGCUGAUCACGCUGAGGGCUGCAGUUUCUAGUACUUGCGAAUGAAUGAAUCUGGCAUGUCAAAAAAAAGAAGUAGGAAAAGUAAUGUACCAUGUCGUUUUGCAGCUGUGGAACUCGUGAGAUUCUGUGUUAGUUUGUGCUUCUAAGGAACUACGACCACAAAAUCCAAAAGACCCUCAAAAAUGUUUUCAUCCAAGUUAGUCAGUAAUUAAAUUGGGCCUUGGCCCAACGUCCCAAACUCACUUGAAAGCAUCCGAUCCGAAUUUCAUUCAGAUCUGGGAUUGUCUGAGAGGAAUGCUUGCAAUUUUAUACUAAAUUAAUUAAUUAAUAUCCCACCGGCGCCGGUGACCUCUGCUAAAGCAAUUACUCCGUCGACAAAUUCCUUCUACUAGCAGAAGUAUUCUCGUCUCGUCGGCCUAAGACUCGUCUUUGAGACGGCAGCCGUAAAAUAACAAAAAUGGGAGUGGUGGAGGAGAGCGAUGUUUGGGAACCCAAUAAAGCGCUCUACCUAUUCACGCUAAUAUCAUGCUUCGCUUCCAUCUAUUUCUGCCCUCAUUACUCUGGCAGAGCGGCACCCACUACAGUCUUCGAUCACGCCCAAUCCUCAUCAGCUUUCUUCCGUUUCCAAAGAAGUUUCCUUCUCCUAUUUUCACUCUCCUCCGUGAUGGAGGGCUUGGGGACGGUGUUCGGGGAGUUCGAAUGGGAACACUAUUACGGAGGAGUUAGUAAGGAGCAAAUGCUGCUGUAUGUGUGCGCGGGAUGCGCUGCCUCACUCUUUAUCGGUACUUUCUUAGGCGUGCUUUCUGAUUUGAUGGGUCCAAGGAACGUUUGCUUGCUAUUUUACACCCUGCAUCUCCUUGUUUCUAUAUUCAAAAGCUUCCUCACACAUCAAGCUUAUGUUCACAAGCUUCUGUCUUUCUCUUGCCUCUUCUAUAUUUUCCUUCAGUUUUGAGGCAUGGAUGGUCUUCGAGCAUGAUAAGCUGGGCCAGAGGCAAGAUACGUUAAACGACAUGUUUUGGUUAAUGACUUUUAUUGAAUCUGCAUCAUUCAUCUGCAGCCAGUUCCUUGGGAAUUGGUUGAUUGGAGGCAACAGGGAUAAAUCCAUACUUUCUCCUUACAAUGCAGCUGUGGUUCUAGCAAUUAUAUGUAUCCUUCAUGUUGCUCGGGGAUUCAAGGAAAAUCCACGAACAGCCAGUUGUAGUGACUAUUGGAUUUCGUUCCAGACACAUAUCUUUUCAGAUAAAAGGGUAUGGUUGCUAUCAUGGUCACAAGUUUGUGUACACCUCUCUAUUGCAGUUUUCUGGGUUCUCUGGGCUCCAACAAUUGUGGCUGAUGGCAGAGAGGUACAAUUAGGAUUAAUAUAUCCUUGUUUGAUGGGGGCAAGAAUGCUAGGAAGCACUGCAGUUCCCUGGUUGUAUAAUGGAACGAUAUCACUUAGGAUAGAGGAAUGUUUAAUAUACGUGCUUCCUGUCAUGGGCCUCCUUUUAUCUGUUGUAGCUUAUGAUUAUCAGGACGUUGGUGUUCUCCUAGUACUGUUCUUCUUGUUUCAUGCUUGCGUUGGUGUUGUUUUGCCAUCACUUGCCAGAUUGAGAAGCAUGUAUGUACCAAAUGAACUUCGUGGAGGAAUGAUAACUCUAUCUCAAGCUCCUGUAACAUGGUGUUCUUGUUAUUUUUGGUGCAAAGAGGUUAUUAUCGCACUGUUGCAAAUUCAACGAUUAUUGCAUUUGCUGCUUUUGGUCUAUUCUCAUCUGCUGGCUGCAUGUAUAUGUUAAAGCGGCCAGGGAAGCAACUCUACCAAAAUUGGCACAAGUUGUGAUGUAUAUGCACAUUCUUGCCAGAUCACUUAUUUGAGCAGUCCUGCAUCAUCAGUCAUUCUUAAACAGAUGGAAAUUAGACCUUCUCGAUUAUUGCCUGCUGAAUGACUGAAAAAUGAAGGAAUGAGUGAAAGUCCAAAGAACACAAUAGGAGAUUAUUGUGGGCUUGAUAUUGAGCUUUGUGAAUUCCAAUUUGAAUUCCUUCCACUGGGUCGAGUAAAGGGCUGGUGCAUUAGAAUCAAAACGAAGCAUGCUUUGAUUAGCUCCGUGUUUUAUUAUUCGGUGAUGGUUCUCAAGAUAUGCAUGAUCUAGAAAAUCAAGCGAAAUCCGCAAGAAGGUGCCAUGAAUCUUCUGUGCCCAACCACUUUCGCGAGAGAGAUGAUGUUCCGGUUGUAAUCCUGCUUUUGGUUAUUCGUCUUAUAGAAAGCUGUAAAGUUCCAAAGGGGAGAGAGGUUUCAUUUUGUUGGAAGUUCGCUGUUUACGUUUUGUACUGGAGGAAAUGAGUGAGCCAUAUUUUAGAUGUAAGCUAACUCAUGCAAUAUAAUGUUUGGGAAGAAUGCCGAGCGACCUACUAUUUAUUUG